AUGAUAGGUGUCGAGAGAGAACAUCGACGUAAUUGCCCUUGUGCCUAUCCGGAAACGUAUCGCUCCGCUGAGCGGAGUGCAAUGUCGCAUCCCUCAUUGUCCCAGGAUAUGUGCGGCGCCGCGUUGGUCGCAACGCGAUUAGCUCGUCAUUAUUAUUUUACUACAGAUUUCCAAUACUUCAUGACCUGUGACGACGUUGACCACCUUCUAUGUGUCAAUUUCAAUCAAGAUGCUAAAUCUUUGGCCGUGGGACAUUCAAAUGGAUACAUCCUCUAUAAAACGACGGAUGUACUAGAAUCUUCAAUCCUACUCGAUAAUGCCGACAGUUCACCGGCUAUACAUGAUGCGAUCAUUGUUGAAAGAUUGUUCAACUCUUCGCUUGUCGUUAUCGUUUCACAGAAGGAACCACGGGUUAUUUGCAUCUAUCAUUUCAAAAGCAAAAAUAUGAUAUGCGUUUACAAAUUCAUUAAAUCUGUGCUUAAUGUCAAACUCAAUCGGGAUCGUGUCGUCGUAUGUCUCGAAGAUAGUAUCCACAUUUAUGUACUAAAAGAUAUGAAGCUACUUCAUACAAUUCUGGAUACUCCGCUUAAUCGGCUCGGUUUGAUCGAUCUCUCACCUGCAGGCAGUUCGUUGAUUGCAUAUCCAGCAAGCGCUGAAGCUGGAAGUGUACAUAUUUUUGACUGCAUGAACUUAUCUGCAGUGAAUACUUUCACGGCACAUGAUGGGCCUCUUGCGUGCCUGAAGUUCAACGCUGAUGGUACCAUGAUUGCAACUGCUAGCACAAAAGGAACUGUGAUUCGAGUGUAUAGUGUCCCACAAGGCACAAGACUUUUCGAGUUUCGUAGAGGGAUGUCUAGAUGUGUGACAAUCUAUUCGCUGGCUUUCUCUGCUGACUCUACGUACUUGUGUUCAUCAAGCAACACUGAAACAGUUCAUGUGUUCAAGUUGGAGAAACCUGAAGAUCAAGAAAAGAAGCAAGAACCAUCCGCGGAAUCGUCUACUGGAUGGUUUGGUUACCUAACUCAAGCCGCUUCAAACUAUCUUCCAGCGCAAGUUAACGAACUAAUGACUGUAGAGAGGAGUUUUGCACAUGCCAUUCUUCCAGGAUCGGAUAAAAAGAAUGUGGCAGCAAUGUUGACCAUCAGCGGUCAACCACACCUUCUCGUCGCAACUACCGAUGGAUUUCUUUACUGUUACCGUGUGCUAAGUUCCGGUGGCGAAUGUGACCUAGUCAAAAUGCAUCGUAUAGGUGCGCAUGCUACGGAAACGAACAGAGGAGAUUCUAGUCGCCAGAAGUCGGUCGAGUCCACCACACGUGUGCCAGAUGCGAACGAUCCUGAGGAUUUUCCUCCUAUUUGUCAUACGACAGGCUAA